AUGUUUAGAAGAUGCAUACCUGAGGAAGAAGUAGAAGGAAUAUUGUUUGCUUGUCAUAGUUCUAGCUAUGCAGGGCACUUUGCCACUUACAAGACAGUAUCCAAAGGUCUACAAGCUGGAUUUUGGUGGCCAACUAUGUUUAAGGAUGCUCAUGCAUUCAUAUCAAGAUGUGAUGCUUGCCAAAGAAUGGGAAAUAUAAGCAAGAGGAAUGAGAUGCCGCAGAACUUUAUACUAGAAGUUGAAGUUUUUGAUGUUUGGGGCAUUGACUUUAUGGGACCUUCCCAACCUCUUUUGGUGACCAAUACAUUCUAG